AUGGCCGAGCUGCGCAAGUGGCCCACGCCCGAGAUCCUGAGCAAGUCGCUGGAGGAGGUGGUCAUGCAGCUGCUGGCGCUAGGCCUGGGCGACCCCCACGAGAUGCUCGCCAGGUCGCUGUCCACCCCCUCCGUCGCCUGCAUCGAGCACGCCGUCUGGCUGCUGCAGGAGAUGUCGAUGAUGAACGAGAAGGAGGGCAUGAGCGCGCGAGACGCGCUGACGCCGAUGGGCCGCUGGCUCGCUCCCAUUCCGCUGCACCCCAUGUCUUCCAAGGCGCUCCUCUACGCCUCGCUCUUCGGGGUCCUCCUGCCGGUGACCGCCAUGAUCGCUUUCUUGAACAUCAAGAGCCCGUUCGUGGCGUCCAUGCACGGCCAGCCUGCCCGGGGCGGCAAGCACUUCAUCGUGGGCGACAAGCGCUCCGACCACUACGCGAUGGCCGCCGCCUACCUCAGCUGGCGCUCGCGCAGCUGCGUGGGCGAUGGCGACUCGUACAUCAACGAGCACUCCCUGAGCCUCGAAGCCCUCACGAUGGGAGACAAGAUGGUGAAGUCGCUGCUGCGACUGAUGGUGGACGAGUACGACUACGACGGCGACGACGCCAACUUCAUCGAGGACGCCGGCACCGGCUCAUGGACGCCCGAGGCGGUCUUCGAUCCAGUCGACCUGGCAGCUGUGCAGGGCCGCGCUGUGCUUCGCGUACACCCCGCAGUUCGUGCACUGUCAUGCUGGCAAAUUCCUGUCCGACUCGAACGAGGAGGUGGCGGGCCACGGCUCCAGCUGCAACCAGGGCUACCAGCCGAAGGGCAACAUGUUCGCGGGCAUCCCUGGUACACCUGCGGACGACUGGCUAGUGUACAGCGACUCCAUGAAGCUCGGGAAGGUGAGCAUCAUGGAGAGCACGGUCGUGGGCGCCCCGGCCGUGCUGCUCGCCGCGAAGAGCCUCGCGCCCACCACGGGGCGGCGCGUGUCCGGCGAGGUCGUUUUCGAUGGGUGGCGUGGGACCAUCGUCGGCGGAGAGACGCGGCCCUGGAGACCCUGCAGAGCGCCCGCAGGCAGAUCGACCAGCACCUCGAGGGGCUGAUGGAGGAUGGGGA